AUGCCUGUCUCACUGCCUCUCCCUUGCCUGGCCCUGGUGCUGGGGGCACUGGGGGCUGCAUUGCGGGUUGAGACCAAUAGCCAAGAGGCGCUGAGCACCCUGGCCCUCCCUGAGAAGCCGGCCGGGAGUCCUGGGGACCUCAUCUCUGGUGGGGACUGGGCCUGGCCACCCCCAGACAGCCCAAGAGACCUGUGCCUGGUGUCGCUGGGCAAGGGCAACGAGAGCAGCGCCCCUCUGCGGGUGGCGGGCGCCCUGGGCAGCUACGAGCAGGCCUUCCUGGAGGCGGUGCGCCGUGCCCGCUGGGGCCCCCGCGACCUGGCUGCUUUUGGGCUCUGUGCCCCUGGAGAUGAGCAGGCAGCCCUGGGCCUGCUACGGCAGCUGGGUGCUUGGCUCAGGGAGCCCAGGGGACAGCACCUGGUAGUCCUGCACCUGGAGGAAGUGAUGUGGGAGCCCACACCCUCCCUGAGGUUCCAGGAGCCCCCAUCUGGAGGAGGCGGCCCCCUGGACCUGGCACUGCUGGUGCUGUACCCUGGGGCAGGCCCCACAGCCACGGUCACAGGGCCUGGGCUGACAGGCACCCAGAGCCUCUGCCCUACUCCAGACACCCGCUACCUGGCGCUGGCUGUGGACCGCCCGGAGGGUGCCUGGCGUGGUUCCGGGCUGACCCUGACCCUGCGGCCGCGUGGAGACGGCGCGGCCCUGGGCAUCGCCCAGCUUCAGGCGCUGCUGUUUGGCGCCGACCCGCGCUGCUUCACGCGGAUGACUCCCACUCUGCUGCUGCUGCUGCCCCCGCGGCCCCCGCCCACUCCGCUACCUGUACAAGGCCAGGUGGACACGGUGCCCUUCCCGCCCUCCAGGCCGUCCUUGCAGACUGAGGAGCCGCGAAGCACAGAUCCCUUCCUGGAGACGCUCACGCGCCUGGUGCGCGCGCUGCGGGGUCCCCCAGGCCGGGCCUCGCCGCUGCGGUUAGCCCUGGAUCCAGGCGCGCUGGCCGCCGUCCCAGUCCCACAAGGCCUCGUCAACCUGUCGGACCCCGCAGCGCUCGAGCGCCUGCUGGACAGCGAGGAGCCGCUGCUGCUGCUGCAGCCACUCCACGCUGGGGACGCCCCCGAGGAGGCCGAAGCCUCGCCAGGCCCCGCGGGAGAGGCGCCGUGGGCAGCGGGCCUGGCGCGCCGCGUGGCCGCCGAACUGCAGGCGGCGGCCGCCGAGCUCCUGGGCCUUCCGGGGCUGCCGCCUGCCGUCGCCCCGCUGCUGGCGCACCUGCUGGCACUGUGCCCGGGGGACGCCGGUGGGAACGGCCCCGCGCGGCCGCUGCGCGCGCUGCUGCUGCUCAAAGCUCUGCAGGGCCUGCGUGCAGAGUGGCGCUGGCGCGAGCGGCGCGAACGACCCCAGCGUAGCUCCGGGGAGGCACCCGGCGGGGACGGGCCGUGCGCGCUGCGCGAGCUCAUAGUGGACCUGCGCGCCGAACGCUCGGUGCUCAUCCCGGAGACCUACCAGGCCAACAACUGCCAGGGCGCGUGCGGGUGGCCGCAGUCUGAUCGCAGCCCGCACUAUGGCAACCACGUGGUGCUGCUGCUCAAAAUGCAGGCGCGUGGCGCCGCCCUGACACGGCUCCCUUGCUGCGUGCCCACUGCCUACGCAGGCAAGGUGCUUAUCAGUCUGUCUGAGGAGCGUAUUAGCGCGCGUCACGUGCCCAAUAUGGUAGCCACCGAGUGCGGUUGCCGGUGA